GAUGAUGACGUGUUGGGUGUUGGGGCUGGGGAUGCGAGGGUGGUGAUGCAGGAUGACGCUCAGUGCUGGGCGCGGGUGGGCUGUGUGGUGUGUGGUGUCAUGUUUGUGACAGUGAUGUUGUGUGACAACGCCGUGCCACGUACACGACAACAACCUCGUGUCAUCACACAUCACAAGACCAAACACAACAGUGACUGGUCGCUCACAGUUUGCUCGUCAUAUGCAUUCAUUUUCUUUGUUCACUCUCACAUCACAUUUCACAUCACCUGGACAGUGAACACUUGAACAGGCCAUCCAACAACAACGACAACACUCACCAGGACCACCACCACCACCACCACCAACAACAACAACAGCCCGACACUUUGCACACACAAACGUUCCAACAACACAAUGGAGCUUUCCAAGGAGUAUGCAUUCGUUGGUCUGGUGACCAUCGAGUACGCGCUGGUCAUUGCGUGGAUGGCCCACCGCGUGGGCAAGGCGCGCCGCAAGUUCCAGGUUGCAUAUCCGACCAUGUACGCGCGCAUCGGCGACGGCAACAUCAAGGAUGAGAAGGCCCUCCUCGAGUACAACUGCACCCAGCGCGCGCACCAGAACUCCGUCGAGAACUCGCCCACCUUCCUCUCCCUCCUUGCCCUUGCCAGCGUCAGCUUCCCGACUUAUGCCGCCAUUGCCGGCCAGAUUUGGAUUGUCGCGCGCAUUGCAUACUUUGGCGGCUACUGCACCGGCGACCCGAAGAAGCGCCUUCGCGGCACCUUUGGCUACAUUGGCCUGAUCGGCCUCCUUGGCAUGGCCCUGGCCACAUGCAUCAAGCCUUUCCUCUAAACCGGCACACGUCCUCUGUGCGUUUGUGUCGUGUGUGCGUGCGUGCGUUUGUGCGUUUGUGUGCGUGUGUGUCGUGUGUGUCGUGUGUGUGCGUGUGUGUGUGUGUGUCGUGUGUGUGUGUGUGUGUGUCGUGUGUGUGUGUGUGUGUGUGUGUGUGU